GCAAUUCCACCCGCCGCGCGGCCGCAGCCACGAACCCAGCCGCAGACAAGUCGAUUCCACCUCACGCCACGAGGAGGAGGAAGACGAGGCCGAGGAGUCGCCGCCGCCCCCGCCCGCUCCCGCUCCCGCUCCACUGGUCGGUGCGGUGCCGGCAAGCCGCCGCAUCGUGCUGACGCACUGACGCCGCCCAUGGAAGGCGCCUCCGUGCUGACGCCGCCGGCGGGCGCUGGGGCGGCGGCGGCGGGGACCGACGCGUCGCCCUUCGCCUACCUUGCCUUGCUCGGCAACUGCCCGCUCGUCGCCGCCGUCCUCGCCGGCGCCAUCGCGCAGCUCAUCAAGGUGUUCACCACAUGGUACAAGGAGAACCGGUGGGACGCGAAGCAGCUGGUGGGGUCUGGGGGGAUGCCGUCGUCGCACUCCGCCACCGUCGUCGCGCUCGCCGUCGCCGUCGGCCUCCAGGAGGGGUUCGGCAGCUCCCUCUUCGCCACCGCCGCCAUCUUCGCGUCCGUGGUCAUGUAUGAUGCUUUUGGUGUUAGGCUGCAUGCAGGGAAGCAAGCAGAGGUUUUGAAUCAAAUUGUGUAUGAACUUCCAUCAGAGCAUCCGCUUGCCGAAACAAGACCACUGCGUGAACUUCUUGGGCACACACCCGCUCAGGUUUUUGCUGGUGGUGUGCUUGGGUUUGCAGUUGCCACAUUUACAGGCAUGAUAGCUGGGCUUGGUAACAGUGGUUCAUUCCCCUGACUGCCGGACUGACAAUAUGUGUAGCUUCACGCCAAUUGUGUUGAAGUGUUAGAAUCCAAAUUGGGUAUGCGUUUUCGGGUUGUGUAUAGGAGUAUGUAAAAUUUAUUUUUCUGUGGCAUUCUAAGUCAACCUCAUUUGAAAGAAAACUCAUACAAUUCUUUUGUAGCUAAUUGAGAAAUAAUCAACUUAGUAUUUGUAUUUGCAAUUGCUUCUUGAGGUGAAAUGUGAUGGUGAUCGAGCAUUACCAGGUGAUCUUCGGUCA